AUGCUCGCGAGCACGGAAAACCGCCCGUCGGGAAACAGCCGCGGCAGAUUCUCAGCUGAUCAGUUUGGCCGGAAGAGUGAAAGUGAGGACAUCGCGAAGCUGAUGUUGGCCGCCAGCCGAGAAGAGAAAAGCGCCAAGAUCCAAACGGUUGCACAGCAACAAGUAGCAUGGAGAGCGUACGCCUGUACGACAAGGUGGCACUCCGUCUCGAGACGCCCUCGACUUAGCGUGGUUCCUUGCGAAACGCAGUCAGUCAAUUCCUCCCUACCCAUGUUUCGUCUUCGUCGCUGUGAACACUUGCAGAAGCUCCAGCGCACACUUAACGACGAGCGUUCCUCUCGCCAGUCCACCGAAUUCAAGCACCAUCGAGCCAAAAGUACCACAAUUCGAAUUGGCCGGUACUUGGACUCAAUCCUCAAUGUCAACCAAGAGCUCGUAGCAGCAGGGACGCCCUCGUCCCUAACGCCAACAGCGAGGCAACCUGUACCGAGAGCCCUAGGCGAGCUCCAGCGAAAACAAAGCAUCAGAGACAGCUACGCUACCCCGCGGCAGAACUCAGCAUUGGAAGGCGACGGGAUUGACAUUCGCGCCGCUGUGAACGAGGCGCUUGGCGUUGGUCGUACUGGCGGAGAUCCCGUUCCGUCUCUCGCGGCACUGUACGAGCGUAUUGGGUUCAGCGCCAUACAAGGCGAAGACAGACACCAUGGUGGCGCGCCAAGUUUGCCUACGAGCCCCCGUCGAGCCAGGGUCGGUAACGCUGCCGAGGCGUAUAGAUCUCGUUAUGUCCACGACGGGGAAGACUACGGUCGCCAGAGGCUUGUAGAACCCACAGCUGCAGGUGGUUUCUUCGCUGAGGAUGACACAGAGGUUGUGGAAUCGUCAAGACGGCAAGCUAGCGGUCACCAUGUCGAUGACGGAGGGUCCAGACCGGCCAAUGGCGGGAAACAUCACGGAAUUGGGAAUGCGUUUGUCGGUGGUGCAGUUGCAGCCAAGGGUUAUUCCUUUGCUAACUCGCCAUUAGUGAGGCCGACAUCUGCUGCCGAGAGGUCUCCCGAGGUCGCGAAACGGUUGGAGGCGUUGGCGUCCCAGCUGGAGAGGGAGAGGUCGGACGUGGAGCAGUGGUACAAGGACGUGGUGCACAGGGAUAUCAUGCUGCGAGGCUACCCACUAGACCACCGGGGCGACCGGUGUGUGAUGCUUCGGCUCAUGUUGCCGUCGACACUUACUUGCGAUAUUCAGCUAAGAGACCGUUACGGUCUCCAAGAGGUCUCACAGAACGCCAACCUACGAUCUACCGAGCAAGUGCUUUCUCUAUCGUCAGCCGGGAAGGGCCUCUUCUAUGCAGCCAUGAGUUCGGCAGCAUGCAUGGUACGGCGGCGUGUCGCUUGGGGAGGGCCCAUCCUGCGGCGCUCUGUGGUCGCAACGGUUGCCCCGAAGCGGACAAACAGCAGCGGUAAUACCGCAGCCGCGACAACUCGGCCGCCGCUCCUCCUUAGCUUCAAGAGAGGCAAGUACAAGCUUAAGCUACCCCUUCAGGACGGGCGUGUGGUGUUCUCGGCGGAGAGAGACACCGCCUUCUCCUUCCACCCGAAUCACAGCCUCGAGACGGUCAAGGCUAAUAUACAGGAGGAGGGCGUGUCUAGUGUAGAGUUCACGGGGCCGAACGGGAAGCCGCUACCAGAUGAUAGUAGUGUUGGGGACGCCGCUUGGCACGGGGGCUUCGACAUGACCCUGGAUGGGAAGCAGUUUCCGGUCCUAGCCACCCGGUCUGGCGGUUACGUCGAGGACGAGGAAGAAGGAGGCGGUCGGACGGAGCUCCCCUCCCUGCUUGAGCGAGGGAAGGUGCUGCGUCUUCGCGCUGCCUUGAACGACGAGACCCGGCGAAGCAUGGCCUACGCCGAGUUCGAGGGGCUGUGCGAGGACUGCGGGAUGGACAAGGCGGACGCCCGGAAGGUGGCAGCGGACCUGCACAAGGUCGGCGUGAUUCUCCACUUCCACGCGGAGCCCGGCCUGGCGGACAUCGUCUACCUGCAGCCGCACCAGGUCCUCGAGCACUUCUUCGCCAAGUACAGCCUCGAGUCACCCCUGCGGCAGUACCUGCUGCUGCAGGCGGAGCGGCUCGAGGAGCAGAAGAACGCCGUGAGGCGAGAGCUUGCUCCCACGCUGCGGCUGAAAGAGAACUUGGAAAGCCAGGCCAGGGUCACCGUCUCCCGGUGCAUGUGGGGUCUGAGCGCCCUGGUCGUGUCCGGCGCGGGCGGUUACUGGUACCUGUCCUACGUCUACCUCUCGUGGGACAUCAUGGAGCCCGUGACCUUCUUCACGGCGCUGGGAGUGUCGACGCUGAGCUACGCCUGGUGGAUGUUCACGAACAAGGAUCUGCAGCACAGCAACAUCUUCGACUUCUUCUUCAACAGCAUGAUCCAGCGCCAGUACGAGGAGGGAGGCCUAGACCAGGCGCGCCUCAAGACGGCGGAGGAGGAGCUUUCAAAGCUGGACAACAAGGGAAAGUUGCUGGAAGCGAGAAUUUUUGAGCUGGAGUGCAUGAGGGACAAGGGGAUAACCGCUGCUGCAGCCGCCGGCAUCGCGUCCGACCGAAAUGCCACGUGAUGCGAGCUGGUGCACUGUACUAAUAGUCGUGUUUUUGUCUCGAGUCAUCGGUGCCUGUCCUGGUUCCCUCUGCCUUGACGCGACCGCGCCAUGCCACUUUCAAGAAACAUGAUAGGCAAAGAAGGAAUAGAUUGUAACCAAGCAGGAACGUCGAAGACCCAAGUGAACUGGCUGGCAAGACAGGAGGCACUGAUUUGUCUCGCAUUUGACAAGGCUGGUAAAGACCCGGUUGACUGACGUGUUUGUGCAUGUUUCGUUGUUGGCAAGGUUGAUGGUUAGAGUUAGAAGCCGGGUCUCGGACACGAAGGCGGAGAUAAAUUUGUGAGGGUAUCUGGUGGCCAAUCGAGAUCACGUCGAAAUCCGGGGCGGUAACGUACUGGGAGACACGAUUUGUGCGGUUUUGUAGAGUUUUCUUUCCCACCUUUGCUGGGUUUAUCUCGAAGUUCGAAGUGUCCGUGAACCCUGGUUUUAGACGUAGACCAAGUUCCUUCCUGGGUCACAUCAGCAGAAAUAGCCAACCUCCAGACAGGAAUGCUUGUUCUUCAACCUGUCUAGACCAAGCUUUUACAACUUUCGUGCGAUCACCUCAAUCGGGAAGGUGAUCGAUCUUGCAUGACAGGCUAGCCUUGAUGGUGCUUCGGCAUGCUCGUGAAUGCACAACAUGACUGCUCGUUCGUGGCUUGAUGGAUAGAACAAUCGUGGCUUGAUAGAUAGAACAAUCGGUGUACAUCGAGUGACAUGUUUCGCAAAAGUGUUUGAAUCGUCGUCUGUCUCACUCAGCCUUUUUCUUGUUUCGUCCCUUGUUGAGCCACUGCUGUCGUGACAUGACAUGCCCCUCCACCGCAAGCUCGACAGGAUCGCAUGCCAAAAAGACAAACAUUGCCUUCGUUUGCAUAAAAGGAUUCUUUUUGAACUACCGUAGACAAGGCACCUGCAGGAGAGCACGCCUAUUCCGAACAACGAGCAAGCGCGGGAGUUGGGCAUGCAGCCGCUUUCGGGACGCUCGCUCGCCUUUGCGCUGCACUCAACGCGCCCCUGAAACGAUGGCGUUUGAGCCGCCCGAUCUCGCAAAAAAUGGAUAAUUCAACGCUUUUGGUAAAUCAAGGACCUCCGUUCGCCUAGGGAGCGACAAGGCCCAACGGGAAGGUCUGCUGGAAUUUUUGGCGCUACACAGAAGAACAGCUACCCCC